GCCAGGACGCACGAUGGUGCUGGCGGCGGCGGACAGGGCGGCGCUGCGCGCGCUGUGGAAGAAGCUGGGUGGCAACGUCGGCGUGUACACGACCGAGGCUCUGGAGAGGAUGUUCCUGAGCUUCCCCUCCACCACGACCUACUUCCUCCACCUGGACCUGAGCCCCGGCUCUGACCAGGUCAAAGCCCACGGCCAGAAGGUGGCCGAUGCGCUGACGCUCGCCAUGGACCACCUGGACGACCUGCCGUGCACCCUGUCGGCUCUGCGCCGCCUGCACGCGCACGAGCUGCGAGUGGACCCCACCAGCUUCCAGCUCCUGGGCCACUGCCUGCUGGUGACGCUCGCCCGGCACUUCCCCGGAGACUUCAGCACCGUCCUGCAGGCCUCGCUGGACAGGUUUCUGAGCCACGUGAUCUCGGCGCUGGCCGCCGACUGUGGCUAAACCGGGGGGCGGUGGGCGCGGGACCCCCUGGCUGCCCCUCCCGCGAGUUCCAGCGUUUGAGUAAAGUCCCCGAA